AUGCCAUCCCGUGAGCUGGGGAGCUCUUUUGAAGCCCCGAAUGGUGCUCAGAGUGUAGGAUCAACAUUGUUGAAGAGGCAUAAGAUACUCCCUCAUCCUAGGGAAGGUCGCCUUACCGACACACCUACUCAAUCUCAGAAUUUCAAAUCUAGCGAUACAGAUACAGACACAGAUACAGAAGCAGGAGCAACGUCAGUAACUAAUUCGGAUAACUCGAAUCCACGCAUGCUAAAGCAUACCUCGAAGAGGAUUGGCGCUCCCCUACUUCCUCCAACUCCACCAGCACACUCGAGGCAAUCAUCUAGCACCAGCAGUGUCUUUGUGGCCCCCGCGCCAAUCGUUGACGUCGCGUCUGAAAAAAAUUCCGCUGUAGAAUCAGAACCAAGCACACCAACAAAUCAGCAAAGUCCACCUACUCCGGAUGUAACACCUCCGCGCACUCUGCCACCAUUGGCAUACCGUCCUGCAAACUCUCGAUAUCCUUCUUCGCGGUCAGAUUCUUUCCGAACCGCUCGAGAAUAUUCCUCAGAUGAGGCAUCUGAGGAUGAAACCUCAACAGUUAGACCACGAAUACCAUCUGCGAAAACAUCUGGGGCAGAAGUAAGUCAAAUUCCGCGCAGGGAUAUCGGAUUGGGCCUAGGUCUAGAAUCUGACAAUGAGGGCUCUGCCACACCAAAAGCAAAAAAAGAAUUGUCACAGCAGGAAUUGUCACAACAAGAAUUUAGCGUUUUUGAUGGAGAAUGGGGAGUCUCUACGGGAGAUCUAAGCGAAGUCGAACGGGAAUGGGAUGAUAAUCUCAUGAGGAAUGUAACGGUUCGAAAACGCCGCGAUAUGGACAUGAGCUUUGAUGAGGAACGGACAAGCGUUGAAAUGAUGGGAGAAAAUUUCAUUUCACCGACAGAAGCGACAAAUGUGGUUCGAGGAUGGCCUUUACAAGAGAACUUUGAACAUCAUCAAUUGGACAACGACAGCGUGGAACCGACCUUGAAGGGUGGUACAUGGCCUAGGGUACGGAAAGACACUAUUGAUUCCCCAACAAUGUCAGACACAAAACGAUUUUCUACCAUGUCCAGUCGUUCGACAACUUCUACAGUCGUUGAAGCUUUUGUCGUCGAUGCACCGCCCUCGCGAAUACGAACUCUUCGCCACACCAAAAAGCAAAUUGGUCUGAGAGACUUCAACUCGAACGAAUCUACUGUAAGCUCCGCACCACCAUCCGAGAAGUCAAGUGAACAACAUCAUCGUUUAGUGCAUAGAGCCGAACGAAUCCCUGAAAAACAUAAUGGAAGCAUAAGAUCAAAUACUACUCCGAGCAUCGCUUCAAGUCACAAAUCGCGCCGGAAGAUUAUACGCGAUGGUGGAGUGCCUGUCGUGGUAAUCCCAGAUCGUGUGUCAUCCGCGAAGUCUUCUAGACCUCCAUCUUUGCGAUCAACAAGUAGUCGGAAGACUAAGAGGAGUAAUUCCUUCCAGUCAGCUCCAUUAUCACAGUCCUCAAAAACGAAUGAGCCUGGUUACUUCGAUAUCCUCCCUCCUACCAUGAAACGCACAAUGUCAGACUCAGCAGGAUCAAGCAACUCUGUACAUACUACCGAUUAUCCCCCGAGUAUCCCGACCCGAAGAUCUUCACUUUCCGCCCCAACUAGUCGUAAUACUUCAAGAGCAGGUUCACUCACUGCGGAGAGUCUCAAAGCUCACAAUAUGCUUCAGGAAAGGCAGUCCUUCAAGUCAGAGCCAGUUGUAAUAUCCAGACCAGUCAGUUCAGAAAAGGAGAUUGAACCACAAGAUACUCGUUCAAGCAUAGAUCAUAAUCGAUUGAGUAUUGACAAUCAAGACGAAGGUCAUUCUCAUGUCAGAAGGUCUACGCAAGCUACACCAUUUUCACAAGCAUCAUGUGAUACAGCAGGAACGACAGCUACAACCGCUGAAAUUUCACAGGCUAUGGCAGUAUCGAUGGUUCCACAUCAAAACAAAUCAUGGACAGUCAUAGAUCGGGAAAGCGAGCCAUCGCCUCCUACGUUGAGACGAUUGAUUAAACAACCAACUAUUGAGGUUAACGGUGAGACUGCCGAUGGUCCUGUUACCCCCCCUCAGAAUCCACAUACCAUGGAUGGAGUUGAUUCGCCAUUGCGGAAUCCUCGUGCUCCACCUGGACCUCCUGCGAUCAAAUUCAUCCCUCCAACUCCAUCUGACAUGUCACCAGGAUCAGAGGAAGAACGUCAACUAGGCUUUGACUUUGAUACUCGAUUAGACGAAGAUUAUGAUGAUCGGCCUUCAUCGUCAGAUAGACUCAAACGUAACUUCUCCUUCCGCCGUGCUUUUGGCAACCAUCGUUAUUCGGAGGCUAUAAUAGCCGAUGCAGGUUUGUUAAAACGUAAAUUUUCAAUAAGCGGUCGUCGCAAGGAUACUUCAACUCAAACAUCGAAGCCAGAGGCAAAUCCUUCCACACACUUCCCAUCAGUCCUUGAUCAACCUGCUGAUGAUAGUAAGUUGCAUCCAUUCUGGAGGCCGGCAAACUUCUGGGAUGAUCUAGAAGAAAACGAUAACGACUCAGAUGAUGACGAAGAAGAUUACUUUCCCGAGUAUCAUCGCCCUGGAAAUAGGCGUUUAAUUCCAAAGCGUGGCCUAAGUGGGAAACUCAAGCGCACAUUUGCGAUUCUUCCAUUAUCUUACGGUAACGAUGAUUAUGAUCAAGCUCCGCUGGAUCGAAAGACCAUGCGAAGGUCUCCUAGUGGCAAUGCUUUGAGAGUUGUCAAACAGAGAAGCAAUAAUACAUUGAGGCGAGAGGCAGAACAAAGAAUUCUUCGCGAGGCAAGACCUGGAGAAUUUGGACAUGGAUUCAAAGAGGGCAAUGGAGGUCGCGUUCACACAAUUCCUGGACUAGGUUUGAGAAUUGAGUAUGUGGGUUUGAGAGGACUCGGGAAAAAACUCAGUGAAAAGAGAAAAGAGCAAAGAAAUGCAAAGUUGCGAGCCACUAUCAGUGGACCUAGGGAAUUGAGGAAUGGAGUUGAUGAGGUUUUAGAGUCAAGAAGUGCAGACUCAAAAAAUGUCAUUUGA